GGCUCUUCGACAGUAUCACCCACCCCGCAUCCCCGAGGCAGGCACCCAGGAACGUGGGCUGCUCCAUUCUUUCUUCUCGCCCACCCCACCGCCUGGCAUCUAAAGACUAAUGCACCCCUCCCCAGCCGUGAGCUGGGUGGGGCUCAGGCUGCGCACCCUGCUAGGGCCUGGGGAGUGGCCCAAGCCUGGUCCUGGAGAGCGGUUGGCAUUCUCGAGGAAGCGGCCCUGGAAGAUUGGGGGCGCUGGGAAUCAGAGGAGCGCCUGGUCAGAGUGCUGCUGGGUGGCUCAGGUCGCUGGCCAGCGCUGACCAAGUUUGGGAAGCCUAAGAUGGCAAAUCCCGAACGUCCAAAACUUUGUUGGGGUCCGCUGAGCCUGUGUCCCGGUGUCUUCCUGAAUCCCCUCUACCAUCACUACGUUCUGCUUUCCAGGCUUCAGGAGUAGGCACAGGGUUUUGGUGGGGGACUAGACAAAUACAGACGCGGAAUGAAAAUGCUCACUUUGCAAAUGAACGGUGGACACACGUACACACUGGGACCCAGGAGAGGUGGUCCUGGGUGUUAAAACAUCUGAAGAGAGAGAUGGGGACGCUGGAAAGAAACCGGCUGUGGGAGCCAGGGGAAGGGCUGGGGAAAGAAGGAGAGGAGCAGCCUGAGGAAAGGCGAGUAAAGCAGCUGGCAAGGGUGGGAGGAAGAGGCUGCGCGCAGACCGAGCGGGGGAGAGGCUGGCAGGAGCGAGGAGAGCUGCAGGCGAGAGGGGGAGGCUGCUGGAAGGAAGCACCGGCGAACGCGGGCAAGGGGAACUUCAAGGAGGCUGCCAAAAAGGACUGGAGCUGCAGCAGUGAGAGGCAGUGGACAAGGGGGGCAGCAACCACCAGCCCUUGGCAGCCAGCAGAGGGGAAGAGGAGCCCACGGGAAAGAAAAGCAGGCGAGGUUAAGAAUAAAGAGUGUUCCAGGUAUGACAGCUACCUCGGUGAGGUGGAAAAGAGAAUUGACAAGGCAGAUUUCACGGGUGAGUUGGAAAAGCAAAAGCAGGACUGCAAGAGGUCAUAUGUGGUAAGCAGAUGGAAAAUGCUGAAAAAUGGUUUGCCAAAAAUUGUAUUACACUGUAAUAACUUUUAUCCUAUAAAAGAAAAAAAAGACUGAGGAAUGAGACUUGGCAGCUAUUGCUGUAAAAAUGUAAGAAAUGCCCACCCAACUUGACCCAAGACCCUCAGGGAGACCUUCCUGACAGUUUGCCUUGUGUCCAGCAUGUGCUGCCCAUAAAAUAAUUUUGAAGAUGUGAUUAAAAAAAAACCAGUGUCUUAUCUUGUAUAGCAUAUUAGAAUAUUCAGAAUGUUUCCAUACAUAGUAUCUCAUUUAAUUCUCACACCAUCUCUGAGGAUUUUGUUUGUAUUUUACAAAUGAAGAAAAUGAUAGCAAUAAAAUACACCGUUUCAGCAAACCAUACAAGCCGCAGAAUUCAGACCUGUCUCCUGACUCCCAGUUCAGUGAUUUUCCUGCUAUAUUCCAGUGACUUUCCAAAUAGAAAUUCAUUCCUGCUCUUAGCAUUUUAUAAUCCAUAGGUUGAGAUGACUUAUAUAAAAGAAACAGCUAGAAGGCAAUAUGAAAGGAAUGUCAUUAUGUAGAAUUUAUGUAGUGUUAUCUGCCAAUAUAAGGUAACAAAAUGUAGCGAAGUAUUUGUCAAUAAAUCAAGACUGAUUUUUAUGUGUGCAUUAUAUCGAGUAAAGUGCAAAAUUAGAGAGGGGAAAUUAUACAAAAAAAAUGUUUAAAGUCAGUUCCUAGAUUUUCAGAUACUAUUGAAGGGGAGGAGGUAAAAAUAAUUUACCCAAGAUACACGUGAGAAAACAGUGCUAAAUGGUGAAGUCCUUGCUAUCUGAGCAAAAUAUUAGAAGACUUUAUCAAGGGAAUGAAAUGCAAGCUGAGCACUGAAAAGCUAUCAGCAAGGAAUAUUUCACCAUUAGCAAUUUUCUUUUUCUUUGCAUGAGCUCAGAAAAGAAAGAUAGUGUAUUUGUGGAGGACAGGUGUGGAGAGGGACCUACAAUGAAAUAUUGAGUUAACAUUUUCUCAAAUGGACAAACAAGGAUUGCUAAACUAUUCUAGAUAGGAAUAGGUAUCUAGGGAAUAUUAUCUUCAAAAUUAUGCAUGAGAUUGACCAUAGGAAGGGACUCCAUGCAAAGAGGUAAAAAUUAAAAUAAGGUUUUAGGCUGGGCAUGGUGUGUCA